CCAGAGUGAAUGACAAAGCUGGUGGUAGGUGUGCCUGUUCUUUGCUCCGUGGCUCAGUGGUAGUUCAGAUGACGCUUGAACAUCAUGGGUCGGUCAACGGUUCGAUUCUUGUAUGAUGCAUAUUUCGACUAUUUUUAUGUCACCAGACAACAAAUCUUAUUUCCGUAAUGAAGAUGGAUAAUUGGUCGUGGUAAUGCUGUCGAAAUCCUAAAUAAAUACUCCAACAAGCCUCUCCAUCGUAAUGUUUCAACAGACACCCUAACCCCUGCGUGUAGUUAUUAAAUGUCGGUCCCUCUAGUAACAAAACGAGAGUUGCCAGUCAUGUCUAAUCUGGAUGAAUGUGUGCUGCACAGUGUAGAAUAUCAUUCACAUAAGAUGCAUGUCCGUAGUCUUUAAUAUAACACAUAAGCGAUGUGAGAGAGCCUACAGAAGUUAGAUCACAGCUUCCCACAGUUGAGUCAUCUGUACGCUGUGUUUGAGCUCAUAUGUUUAACUCACAGGCUGUAUGGAUGCACAGACAGGUAUAUCGGUCUCAAAUCGACUUGACAUGAGAUUAAUAACGAUAUAUGAUACAAAUAUAAGACGGUCAACAGAGCGUUUCUUAAAGGAUUUAUUGACGUAAGUAUUUUGUAUUGACGUAAGUAUUUUGUAUUGACGUAAGUAUUUUGUAUUGACGUAAGUAUUUUGUAUUGACGUAAGUAUUUUGUAUUGACGUAAGUAUUUUGAACAGGCAUUGACACCUACCACCAGCUUUGUCAUUCACUCUGGUCCUCGUUAUGUGUCCUCGGAAUCUCAACCACAGCCUCGCGAACGAGUAGUACAUUUUCCAGCAAAGUGUUCCGUUUAUAUUCUAUCAAAAGAAACCGUAGAAACUACGUGAAAGACAGAAGCGAGGCGAAACGAUCGAAAUAUUUAUUUCCUGUUUAUUCUACGUGGGUCCUGAAAUGCCACUCCUACCACACAUCUGCCUCAGGCACUCCCACAUUACAAGUUAAUUCAAAACCAGUUAAUAUCGCACACCGGUGACUUGGAGCAAAGUUCAGGUAGAGAAUCGAUAAAACAAAUAACGGAACAAAAACAGAUAAAGUAUGUCCCCGUUAACUCCCGAAGCUAAGCUAACAGGGUUAGCUCUUUUAGGCUAAACUCAAGCUAAAGGUAAACAAAUGCGCGUGAAGCGGAGUACCUGGUCGCACGAGCCUGCGGAGCUGUAAAGGAUGCUCCAGGGGCCGUACGGCAGCCUGGACCGGGACCAGCCCCUCGUCCGGCUCCCUUUCACCAGCUUCGCGGUGGGGACGGUGCUGCUCCCUCUGACCGGCCUCAUCGCCUGCCUCUUCAUCUCACUCGUGUACCACUUUGAGGAUGCCACGUACACACACUGUCAUGUGUCAAACUACCUCCCGUCCAUCAGCGGCGCCAUCAGCCUCGUCCCUGAGCGCUACAUCUGGCGCUGCUGCGUCGGUCUUCACUCGGCACCGCGCUACCUGGUGUCCGUUGCCUAUUUCAGCUUCUACCGCGGCCGCUUCUCCAAGAGGCUGCCGGAACUGCUGCUGAGCGGGCUGGCUCUCCUCUGCAGCCUCACCGAGAACACCGGCCUGUUGCUGCUCACGUACGUGUCGUCCACCGAAACCUACAGUGCUCAUAAAAACGGUUUCGUCGUGUUCAUCGGGAGCUCGUUGCUGCACAUGCUCAUUACGUGCCGACUGUGGCAGGUGAUCAGGAGACACUAUGUGAACCCGGAGGUAAACAAACAUUCACCACCUGAAACCUAGCUGCUCUGAGCCGAACGCACCGCACGACAUCAACGCUCCAUGUCACCGUUAUUUUACCUUACUCACCAUUAUUUACCUGCAUAUCUCCAACGGGCCUGUAGAUCAUAAACUAACAUGUUUAUGUUAUCAUCAUCAACAACUUUGUCUUUGUACUUUGUUAUAAUAAUCUCUAGUGUUCACAUUCAUCAAACCCAAACAACAGCUGCUAAAAACACUUAAUAUCAAUAUUUAUACAACAUUAUAUUUGAUCAGGUUCUGUACAAACCUUCAGCAGUGCUGAGCUUCACCUGCAGAGGGUGCCACUGAGCUAAAGAUCCACCUCCUGAGCACAGAGCUGGUCCUUUGAAUCCACAUUCAUUCAGACCUACUAGACUCUGGGGAUCCGUGAAGAGUGCUUGAGGACGCGCCCUAAUAACUUCAAAGGUGCUUGAGGAGUUCGGUUCUUGUUUAGGCCCCAGUCGUACUUGAGGAGGUUCUUUGGGUUCUUGAGGAGGACCAUGUGGUUCAUGAGGUGGUUCUAGUGGACCCAGAAGAGUGUUCAUGGUUCGUGGUGAUUUUUAGGGAUUCUUGAAAAGAUUCUGUGGUACUUGAUUAAAUGAGGACAUUCUAAGAAGUAGCAGUGGUGCUUCAGCGGUCCUUGAAGAGGAUUUAGGAGUUGAGGAGAGGAUUUAAGAGGGCCUCGAAGAGGUCCAAUGUUACUUGAGGAGGUUCUUCGGGUUCUUGAGGAGGACCAUGUGGUUCCUAAGGUGGUUCUGAUGCCCUCUUUAAGGUUCUAGUGGACCCAGAAGAGUGUUCAUGGUUAGUGGUGUUUGAAAUAGUUCAAGGAGUGCUUGAAGUGUCCUCACGUCGCCCGUAGUGGACAUUAAGGAUGAUUCAGGGAAGGUUCUGUUGGUCCUUGAGUGCUCAUGGAGGUUUUUAGGGAUCCUUGAGCAGAGUUCCCCGUGGUGGUUUUGGGAAGUUUUUUGAGGAGCUUGUAGAGCAAAGCUUGUUUCUGGGGUCAUUGAAGAGGUUCAAGGAUUGCUUGAUGACAUACUAACAAGUACAGAAGGUACAUCGGGGGUCCUUGAAGAGGAUUUAGGAGUUGAGGAGAGGAUUCAAGAGAGCUUGAAGAGGUUCUUGAGGAUGUUUAAUGAAUAUGUUACUAGGCGUUGUGGUCUUGAAGAAGAGUGCUGCUCAGACCGCGAGGUCCUCCAGGAGGUUUUGGGGUCAAUGUUUGUGUCUUUCCCACAAACUGAUGUCUUGUAGUUUCAGAUAAGGACGAUCAGGUCUUUACAUCAACAGUCAUUAGAAACCAUGAAGACAUUCCAGAUGGAACUUCUGUCUGAAGGAUUAUUUCGGUGCUUCCCUGUUUCACUUCAGCUCCGGUACUUCCUGUUUGCUCGCGUCAUGUGACCGCUGAGCUUCCAGGAAUCCUCCACCAGCUGAUUAAUAUUAAUAUUUAAUGCGGUCAGUAUUCCCACACAUCCUGGAGAACCUUUGAUUAUUUAACCCGUUGAACACUCUGCUCUCCUGCGUCAUAAUAACUGUUUUAUGAUAAAAAUAUUAGUUUUAUGCGUCUUUAAAUUUAGUUAGUUGCUCGUGUGUUCUCAGGUUUUCAUCACAGUAAAUAUCUGUGUUUUGAUUGGAUGAUGAGACAUCCUGAGACUUAAUAAUUACCACUAAGUGAAUUAAAAGUAUGCUGAAUCAUCUAUAAGAAGCUCCUGUUUGCAGUUUAUCCUUAAAUGUCGUGUCAACGAUCACCGGAUCACUGAAGAAAACUUCAAAACAUGAAGAUUCUCAGGGAACUUCUGCAGUUUAAUUAAGAAGUCUUUUAUUGAAUAAAAUGGCGACAACAUUGUUUUGUUUUUACUAUCAGAUAUUUCUGGUUGUUAAAGAACCAAAGCGUCACCAGAUAACAGAUUUACAUUAUUGAUCCAUUUAGUCAGAUACCUUCCAGCUAUUCUGAUAAUCGAUUAAUUGUCCUUUUUAAAGA